ACAGUCACAGCAAUUGUAAUCGAUAUCGAGAACCAAGCACACGUAGUCCAAAGAGCCUACAAAACAACCGCAAAAUAAAAAUACAAAAUCCAAAGUAGAAAGAAAAUAUCAAAACUUUCAAAAUGAAAUAUCAAGCAUUGACACUCUUCUGCCUGGCUUUGGCCACUGGCAUUGCAGCCAAUUCGGUGUCCAAUAACGAAACCGAUUGUCCUCAAAUAUGCAGUUCCAUCUAUAAGCCAGUUUGUGCCACCGAUGGCAACAUCUUCAAAGAAUUUGCCAGCUCAUGCAACCUGAAGGCCGACAAUUGUCGUCGUCAACGCAGCGCCCUGCAGACCUAUUCCGAAACCGAUGCCGCCUGGUGUAGCUCAGAGUUAGUAGAGAAUCUUCAUGAGAAAUUGGGCAGCUUCAAAUUGGAUGUCAAUGAAUGCCUGAAACCCUGUUCUAUGAUCUAUCAGCCAAUUUGUGUUACCAAUGGCAAAUAUCGUGCCCUCAUGAGCAACGUUUGCGCCUUUGAGACCUUCAAUUGUGCCCUGCAGGUGGCAGGAGUGGAAACCGCUGAAAAGUUCCGCAUUUUGCAAAAUGAGAAAUGCUAAAAACAUGCAGCCAGCAGACACAAAUGGAACAAUACAGGCAUUAAAUGUUAAUUUCAAAACACUAAAAUUGAUUUGAAAAAUAAAUCUAAACGACUGUUAAUAACAAA